AUGUUCAUCCGCACCAAGCUGCAGAACAAGGGGCAUGUGAUUGAAGCCCUCCACCAGGCCAAGUUCAAGUUCCCUGGCCGUCAGAAGAUCCACAAAUCUCCAAGAAGUGGGGAUUUACCAAGUUCAAUGUGGAUGAAUUUGAGAACAUGGUGGCAGAAAAGCGACUCAUCCCGGAUGGCUGUGGAGUCAAAUACAUCCCUAAUCGUGGUCCCCUGGACAAAUGGCGGGCCCUGCACUUAUGA